AACUGUAGUGGUUAUGUUGCCUGCAUUGACGCCACCCAUGGUAAGGUGUCAAGUGGUUUCAGCACUGUUUGACAUCUUACCUGGUGUCCACUGGGCGCCCGUGUCACCUCCGCUGCAUACAGUCUGUUCCAGGACGGCACUCAUUGGCUGCCUUUAGAGAAUCAGCGGAACGAGUUUGCAGAGACAGCUGACUAUGGGACAGCAGCCGCAAACUCCUGGCACCAUAACCACUACAGCAGUUCUAAGUAUUUUCUAGUUUAGUAUAUAAAAAGAAUGGUAUUGCUGUGAAGACAUUGCAGGCCUUACCGCUGACUGCAGAGGUCACAUCAAAGUUGCCCAGAAACCAAAGCCUAUUCGUGGAGCUUGUAAUUAACACGAACAAUGGUGGUCUUGGAAAAGGAUCUGACUUCCGACACGAUCUUAAAUCACGCUCUAGAAAUGAUUUGCCUGUUAUCUGGAGAGGAUUAUAUUCUUGUUAAAAGGCAGGCCGAAGAUACCCUGUGCAGCAAUGGUACUGCCACGGGAGAAUCCCCUCGCAAGUCACAAGAUCAAUCAAUGGAACAUUUGAUACCCAUAGGCCAGUCCCCAGAAGCUGGGAAUAAGAGCCUGGUAGCCAUGAAGAUCCUUGAACUUGCCAACAAGAUUGUUCAGCUGUUGACCAAAGAGGUUCCCUUGAGAUGUGAUGAUGUCGCUGUGUAUUUCUCUCUGGAGGAGUGGGACUACCUUGAACUACAUAAUGACGAGUACUCUCCUAUCACAGAACAGGAGGACCGGACCCUGAACUCACCAGAGCUGCCUCUCCACCAAGCUGUGGAACCGGAAUGUAUUCUGCACCACAUAAAAGAGGAGCCAGACGAUCCUGAAUAUAGCUGUGCAGAUGGCACUUCAGAGUGUGUUCCUCAUAGCUACGCUAAUGAAAAGCCAAAUAGAGAACCCCAUGUACCUCUCCCUAAACCGGAACCUAUGGCGAAUUAUAACUACAGUGCUCUAUGUUAUAUUAAACCCGAGCCGAUGGACCAGAUUGGAACAGACGAUGUUCCCCAAUAUCUCCCUCUGUCAGAUCAAUCUGAGCUUCACUCCAAUUUGGAGUUUAAUAUUAAAGAGGAGAUGGGUGAAAGUUCAGAAUCUCAAGACUAUAUGGACUCUGACAUGAAUCAAAGUCAAAGGAAUGAAAAACGUGAAAAGUCUCUUGCCAAAAGAAAACGUCAAAAACCACAUUCAAGCGAGAAGAUGCUUCCGUGUGAAGUGUGCGGCAAGAGAUUUACCAACAACUCUCACCUUGCAAGACACUUUAAAGUCCACACGGGAGAGAAACCCUUUCCUUGUGGUGUAUGUGGGAAGAUGUUUGCACGAAAGUCCCACGUUGCAGACCACCAGCGGAUCCAUACUGGAGAAAGGCCGUACACCUGCUUGGAAUGUGGGCGUAAAUUCACGAACAAUUCCCACCUAGUUCUACACAGAGUGGUACACACUGGAGAAAAGCCAUUUACAUGUCCGGAAUGUGGCAAGGGCUUCACACGUAACUCCAGUCUGAUCAAGCAUUCCGGAAUCCACGCAGAAGAGAAGCCACAUGUUUGUAGAGAAUGUGGUAAAAGCUACUGUCAGUACGCCAACCUGGUUGUCCACCAACGUUUGCACUCAGGGGAGAAGCCUUAUGCAUGCAAGCAUUGUGGGAGGGGGUUUAUUUGUAAAGCUAGCAUGGUGAGACACCAAAGGACUCAUACCGGAGAGAAGCCAUAUUCCUGUGUUCAGUGCGGCAAGUCUUUCACCGAUAACUCUUCUCUCAUCAAACACAAACGGGUCCAUGUUAAAGAACUUUUAGGUUCUUAGCAGGAACAUGGUGGAAAAACUUCUGUAUAUGGAUCGUUGGAAGAUGACCAUUUGGGAUAUACACAGAUCAGUCUCUGACCGUUUUCUGCACUUGUAUAUAACUGAAACAGAUCGUCCUCUUUCCCCACAUACUUGCCUUAGUAUGCUUUAUAUGGCAGGGUCUCCAGCCUAUGUCUGGCAUCUCGUCCUGGCUGGGUCAAUGACCAAUAGAUGGCAGGAUCCUAGACCAGGUCUAGCUCCGUUAUGCUUAUGCCAUUUUUUUUUCUUUUUAUAUAUUUUGUUACAUCUUGAUCAAACUUGAAGUAGAGAUGCUGACAGAACCCAGUACAAGGACAAGCAUCAUACAUUAAAGUAAAUAUGUGGCAGAGGUUUGAGAAGAGAUACCAUGUUUGGAAAUGUCACACCAUAAACGGGCUUGUCCUUAGCAUUUUUCAAGUAGGAAAAUACAAGCUAUUUAGGUACCCAUUUUCUUCAUGGUUUGGAUCAUUUAGACAAGUAGUGAGGGGGUUGUUUGUUUAGAAUUGGGAUAAAAAUGAAGAAAGGCUCCAAGGGUGGGCUAGUGUAGCACAUCAGAUAAUGUAACCUAGACUUGUCACAGAGAACAUGGACAGGUAACACUGACAGGAGAUUAAGCAGAGAAACUCUGUUCAUAAUGUAUUUAUGGCUCCCAACUGGAACUAAACCAAUAAUGUUUACAAUGAAUAAAGAAAUAUUCAUGGCA